AUGACGUUCAUACCAAAUUGGGAAGAGUUUGAAAAGUCUGCGGAGAUGUUAUAUUUAAGAGAUCCUUUAAACACUCGUUAUACUAUUAAGUAUUCCCAUACGAAAGGUGUAUUCGUAGUUAAAAUUACAGACAAUAAAAAGUGUCUUCAAUAUAAAACUGAGGUUCAACAGGAUGUUAGAAAAAUUGAUAAGUUCAUAUCAAAUCUUAUAAGGCAUAUGGCAUCAAAUGAUACUAAUAUGGUAAUAUUGUAA